UCCCGCUGAAACAAGAAUAGAACAGACGAGGAGGGCAGAGCAUAGUCCACUCAGGAAUUCUGUAAAACCUGUCGCUUACCCAAACUGUAUCCCUGUGAAGACUACCAUUCCAGUGACUGUACUUGGCGCAGCAUGGACGUAUGGGCGUAUUGUAGCACCAUGAAUAAACUCCAGGGUGCAAAUAUGAAAUUUUCGUACACAGGCCUAUAGACCUAGACAGUUUACGAAGACCCGUAUAAUGAAAUUUCGUUCACACGAAUUUUUAUAUUGAAGGGCAAACCCUCCGUGUGGCUCGCAAUCAGAACAGGAACUCAUCCUAAAUCUUCAGAACAAAUUCCAUCAAUUAAUCAAACAAAUAAGAAGAUGAAACCAAGAAAUUGUUGUUAUUGUUCCACUGUUCACAAAAAUAAUUUGGUAUUUUAUAGCAUACAUAAAUAUCUAGUGUUUCUUUUGCUUGAAUGUUCCGUUUUAGGCAACAAAACUCUUCAUUUUUAAUCUUUAUUACCACUAUAACAUUAAGUUUCUCGGAAAUAGCGACUCGCUUUACGACGUUUCGCUUUAAAAACUCUCUCCAGCAUCGUAACUGUUCAUGAGAGUGGUUACUGAGAACGCGAAACAGUCCGGAUAAAAAUUAAAAAGUCGUGUGUGAACUGAGUAGGCGUUCAAAUCUACCGCUUAUUCUGACAGAAGCGUGUUUCAAAUUACACCGCAUCAGAAACUUUAUUAUGAAAUGUUAGAUCGAAACAAACUGGUUGCGUAAAUAAACUUCAGUUAUGUAGGAUUUGAGGUUUUCACAGCGGUGAGUAUGAAGAGAACUCCCGGAGAGAAAUUAGAAUUCAGAGACGAGAAAUGUAAACGUCAGAAAACAUAAAAUGAUGAUAACGAGACAAAUAAAAAUAAAAUAAAUGUUAGAAUGUAUGUAUAUUUUAUUUAUUUGUGUUACAUUAAUGACUGACAGUAGCUCAAAGCACGUUUAACGUAGGGAAAUAAAUACAAAAACGAACAGGACUAGAAACGAAAUGAGGGAAGGAAAUUAUCAGCAGCAACGAAACGUCAUGCAAAACCGAUAGCACACACCGGAAGUUUGUUGCUAUGGUUACAUUUGUACGUAUGAUUUAUCGAACUCGUUUACAAAUUAUUUUCCCUUUUCUGUAUGAAAGUAAUCCGGAUUUAUGCACUGUGAAGAGGAACCUCAAGUAGGUGUCUGCAAUACCUCCUACCAGCCGAUUAAUGCUCCUAGCGUAGACGAAAGAUAGCGUACCUUCAGUUCUGACAUGACGCCUGUCACUGUGUUGGGGCUGCAGCCUGUUUAUUUAGAAGUAGACGCUGUGAGGUCCACAACGAAGUCCAGGACAUGGCAAGAGCUGUUGUGGGCGCAAGUGUGCGAUUACUGCGAGAAAACUACUUUGCACGGAUGGCGGUAUCUGACAGAGCCUGACAGACACAGAGUGGAAAGGUUACUCUGGGUGAUAAUUCAGUUUCUCGCCACUUGGGGAGUUAUUUUUAUAAUUCUGGAUGUAUGGAGUGAAUAUGUCAACUCGCCGACAGUGACAACUGUGGACUCCACCACAUACCCGAUAUGGAACGUUCCCUUCCCUGCUAUAGCCGUGUGCAAUAUCAACAAGAUCAGCCGUUCGGCAACUUGGAAUCUCGCUCAAAACCUGAGCAAAUCACGUAACGUUUCGGCAGAAGAAUUAUUUAGCUUGAUGCAGUACCUCGGACGUCUUUAUGACCAUGACCCGGAUGACAUCAAAAAAAUGCAAAAACUGCACAGUAUAUUGGCAGACAAAAACGAAAACUACGAUGUGGACUCCAUGAUGAAGAACCUGACUCCUCAGUGUGACCAGCUUCUGGUACGUUGUCGUUGGAUGGGCGUAGUUAAGGACUGCUCAGAGAUGUUCAAGAUGAGAAAGUCAAUGGAAGGCUAUUGUUGUUCCUUCAAUUACAUUCGGUCUUCGGAUGACUUCGAAAGCAACAAUGAAUUCGCGAAUGUCUCAGAAGGGAUGUACGCAACGGCUCCAGGACACUACAUGGGUCUCACAGUACUCGUUAAUCCACAACCUGAGGAUUAUUACUAUCCACUUCUUUCAUCUUAUGGCACAAAGUUGUUGGUGUUCAACCCGAAAGACUUCCCCGACACACCCAGUGGCGGUCUGAUCGAGAAACUAGUGCCUCCGAGGACCGAGGUGUUCUUCCGACUGGAAGCGACUUCGGUGUACGCUGUACCCAGCGUGCUGAACUUCGACAGGAAGCAGCGAGGUUGCCUGUUCACGAGCGAGUUGUCCACACUUUUCCUCGGCUCCUACUCCUACAGCGAUUGCCUUAUGAACUGUCGAAUUCGGAGCAUCCACACUCUCUGUGGCUGUCUGCCCUUCUAUUUCCCUAUUCGAGGAAAAACCAGAUACUGUAACCUGCUGGAUAUCCCUUGUCUCAACAAAUAUAGAGAGAAGUGGUCUACCCUGCGACCCACGGAAAACAUUCCUGGCUUGGCUGCAGAGAUGCAAGAGUCGAUAUCGUGCGAGGAAUGUUACCCGGCAUGUUCCGACACGUCGUACCACGUGCAGACUUCCUCAGCAGACCUGUCGCAGAUCCCGUAUUUUCGAUCCCAAUUCAUGGCAAACAUAACCCUGAAAAAUCACAGCGUAUUUCACCUCUACUUUGGAAGCAAGAACACGCUUCGUUUGAAACAAGAUGUGCUGUAUUAUUGGUAUGACCUGCUAAGUAACUUCGGCGGAAUCUGCGGUCUCUUCGUGGGUUUUAGUCUCAUCAGCAUUGUGGAGUUCGUCUACUUCUUCACACUGAGACUCUUCUUUGUUGUGAGGGACACCAAGGAGGAGGAUACCAGAGACAAAAUCGAGUCUCGGAACAAAAUUACACGCCGUGCUCACAACAAUGGAAAUAUUUAUUGGAGAGAAAUCAUGCCACGCCAAGUUGCAUCUCGCUACUGAAUUAGUCCGACUGUGGCGUCUAAGCAGUUCUUGUGCAUAUUCACCAUUCUAUCCUAUAGGUAACGGUGUGUAUUUACCCCAAGGUAUAACCUUCCCCCACUACACAAACAUAGACGCACGGUAUCUUUAGAGUGUACCUAACUACAGGAACAAAUUAUACUUAAAAUUAAAUAUGACGACUUACACAAAAUGUGUGUAAUUUCAGCUUUGCACUUCGUUAAACGGUUUACCCACAGAAAUUCAAUCAUAAUAUUGUUCAUAUUUUGUUUGCAAGACAAUCUCCAUUUGUAGAUUACGAAAAUGGAAAUAAUUCUUAAGACACGUUUUAUCUCCGUUAAAGAUACACUUAAGAAUACUAAUUAUUUUUGUUCUAUAGAAGGCUAAAAAUUCACGAAACAUUAUGUUCACGUUUAAUUAACAUUCAUGGCUCCAAAGUAGUUGCUUUUUAUUGGGGGGCUGAGUAAAAAUAGCAGAACAUCAAUUAUGUUUCCAUGCACUGUUUAUCAUAUAAGCCUAUGCAGAUCACAUUUUCAAUGUAUUAUAUUAUUUCAAUGUGAGUGUAUAGAGUAAAUUAGUUAACAGCACUGUAUGGACCGUAAAAUGUAUUUACUGUACUAAUAAAUUCAUCACG